UCGCGAAGAUCACAUGACUCCUAAACUGGUACCUGUUUGUUGCUUGCCCGGGUCUUCUCUGCACUGGCUCGAAGUGCCUGAGGGGUGGGCGCUGGCCAGCUAGCUUAUAUGGGGCGACGGUAGCCACGUCCUGCAGCCUCGGAGGAGGAGGAAAGACGCCCGACUGGAGAGCGAGUGGGUCAGCUGGCCUGGCCCAGUACCUCCCUUUUGCCCCUCGGAAGUCGGAUGAGACCGCCGGGAUCUCCUGUCCGGGGCCAGGCUUUGACCGCUGGUGAUUGCAGACCCCACCAUGGCGUCUGCGGACACGUGGCAGCAGCAUUCAGAUUCAGAGAGAGAGGAGCUUCUUCCUAGAAAUUCCCAUGAACCAGAGACUCAGUCUGUCCACUGGAGAAACCUGAUAGGUUUUUGGCUCCUAGGUCUUUGCAACAACUUCUCCUAUGUGGUGAUGCUCAGUGCUGCACAUGACAUCCUCAAGAACCAGAGGGCACCUGAAAAUAACAGCCAUGUGGAUCCAGAGCCAACACCCACUUCUCACAACAGUACAUCUCGAUAUGACUGCAACCCUGUGUCGACAGCUGCUGUCCUCCUGGCUGAUAUUCUGCCUACAUUCAUUAUCAAGAUGCUUGCUCCUUUCGGCCUUCACUUGCUGCCCUACAGCCCUCGAAUUAUCCUUUGUGGGGCCUGUACUGCUAGUAGCUUCCUUCUGGUUGCCUUUUCCCAGGAAGUUAUGACCAGCCUAAGUGGUGUGGUCCUGACUAGUAUUUCCUGUGGACUGGGGGAGAUAACCUUUCUAGCCCUUACUGCCUUUUACCCCAGUGAGGUGGUUUCCUGGUGGUCCUCAGGCACUGGUGGGGCAGGAGUACUGGGGGCCUUGUCCUACCUCGGUCUGACCCUGGUUGGUCUUUCCCCUGAAAAUACACUAAUCUCUAUGCUGGGCAUCCCUGUUCUCCUGCUGGCCACUUACUUUCUGCUGCUCAAGUCCCCAGAUUCAUCGGCUUGCCAAAGAGAUGGGGCGCUUGGGACCUCAGCUCAGCGGCCCCUCACAGCAGGAGAGAGCUCCAAGCCCUCAGACCCCAACUUCAACCAGAGCCUCUCUUUCAGUGACAGGUGGAAUGUCUUUAAGGGUCUCCUGAAAUACAUCGUCCCCUUGACUCUGGUUUAUUUUGCUGAAUAUUUCAUCAACCAGGGGCUGUUUGAGCUCCUUUUCUUCAGAAACACAUCUCUGAACCAUGCCCAGCAGUACCGAUGGUACCAGAUGUUAUACCAAGUUGGAGUCUUUGUCUCCAGAUCCUCUCUCCGUUGCUGCCACUUCCGUUUCAUUUGGCUAUUGGCAGUGCUUCAGUUCUUGAAUCUGGGCUUCCUGAUGGCUGAAGUGUGGUUCAGUUUCCUUCCCAGCAUCUACCUUGUUUUCCUGAUCAUUUUGUAUGAGGGCUGCUUGGGUGGGGCUGCCUAUGUAAACACCUUCCACCGAGUUGCAGUUGAGACCCAGGAUGAGCACCGGGAAUUUGCCAUGGCAACUGCCUGCAUAGCAGAUACCUUGGGGAUCUCUUUGUCAGGGGCCUUGGCCUUGCCUCUGCAUGAUUUCCUAUGCCAGAGUCAUUGACACUUGACCCAUCUUGGAGCCCUUCCUAUAACCUGGGAACAGAAUAAGCUAGAGGAUGUAUUCUUCUGUGACUUUUAUAGUCCAAAUCCCCUGGAUUUGGAUGCAAGAGAGACUUAAUGAAUGUGCUUGUUACAGUGGGGCCAAGUGGAUGUUUGGGGGCCCCGGAAGAAUGUCCAGGAAGAACCAUAUAAUUUAUCCUGUACCGCCAAACUGAGCUUUCAACAACAGACUACCAAUUGAGUGCUGAAAUUUGACAUUCAUGCUCUCCCAUUCAGAACAUAUUUCAAAUAGCUAGCCCUGUGUCCUCUUCCUGUAGAAGGAAUGUAGAUGUGCAUGAAGCAUAACAAGGGUCAGCAGAUAUAUUUGGGAGUUAAAGGAAUGUUUGAGGUUCUGAAUGUGCUCAGCUGAGGAGGACCAAUGAGGGUUAGUCUGCCAUCUAAAAGCUGAUGUGCUAGGUUUUCAUGAUGCUACCUAGGCCUUUGGGGUGGGGCUUCCACAGCAGGGACUCAAAAUAAUCCUUCCUUCCUAAUGAAUAGUAUUAACUUAUUUUUGUUUCAUUACAGGAUAGGGUAUACAGUGGUUCCUAGGUACCAUAUGGCUGUGAGUUAUCAAACAAUACCCCUCUGCCCCCAAUUCCUCUCCCAGUUCUCUCCUUAUUCUUCUGCCUCUACAAUUAACACUACAGGAAUAGUCCUAUUGACAUGAUUAUUAUACCUACCUAAUAAGAUGCAAUAAAGUGCCCAUUAAAAUUAUCAAAAAUGUCA